UGCCAUAAUUUAUAUAUAGUAGCUAACAGCAGAAGUUAACAUAAUACAGAGAAAAUAAUAAGUAGCUAGCCCCCCAUUCUAUGUCUAUAUAUAUAAACUCUAGCCUCUCAAUUUUCCAAACUCUCACCCCAAGAUACUCUUUCUUCGGUCUCUAUUUUUCAUAUACAAUUUCCCUUUCAUUCAUUUAUCUCACAUCAAAGGCCUAUUGCACCAUAUAUGGCUCCGAUGGGAAACAAUGUUGUUGUGUCCAAUAUGAAACUGGAGAAGUUGCUUAGCAUGAAAGGAGGCAAAGGAGAAGCCAGCUAUGCCAAAAAUUCCCAAGCACAGGCCAUACAUGCGAGGUCCAUGCUUCAUCUUCUGAGAGAGACACUAGACAGAGUUGAGGUUGUUGAGGCACGUGAUGGGGUGGCAUUUGUGGUGGCGGACUUGGGGUGUUCGUGUGGGAGCAACAGCAUAAACGUGGUGGAUGUGAUAAUAAAGCACAUGAUGAAAAGGUACCAGGCAUUGGGGUGGCAGCCACCAGAGUUCUCGGCUUUCUUCUCAGACCUUCCCAGCAAUGACUUCAACACACUCUUCCAGCUCCUUCCUCCGCUCGCCAACUACGGCGCCGUCAACAUGGAGGAAUGCCUUGCUGCCAACAACCACCGCUCCUACUUCGCCGCCGGAGUUCCCGGUUCCUUCUACCGGAGGCUUUUUCCGGCAAGGUCCGUUCAUGUUUUCCACUCAACCUUCUCUUUGCACUGGCUAUCUCAGGUGCCAGAAUGUGUAGUGGAUAAGAGGUCAAGUGCAUAUAACAAAGGAAGGGUGUUUAUCCAUGGGGCUGGUCAGAGCACGGCAAAUGCCUACAAGAAACAAUUCCAAACAGACUUGGCAGGCUUUCUGAGAGCAAGGUCAGUGGAGAUGAAGAGAGAGGGGUCCAUGUUCUUAGUUUGCUUGGCCAGAACUUCAGUGGACCCCACAGACCAAGGUGGGGCUGGCCUUCUUGUUGGGACCCAUUUUCAGGAUGCUUGGGAUGAUCUUGUCCAAGAGGGAUUGAUUAGCCAAGAAAAGCGAGAUACUUUUAACAUUCCAGUCUAUGCAGCAAGCCUGCAAGACUUCAAGGAGGUGGUUGAAGCUAAUGGUUCAUUUACCAUAGACAAGCUUGAGGUAUUCAAAGGAGGAAGUCCACUUGUGGUCAACCAACCAGAUGAUGCAAGUGAGGUAGGCAGGGCUCUAGCCAACAGCUGCAGGACAGUGUGUGGAGUCCUUGUUGAUGCCCACAUUGGUGACAAACUAAGUGAGGAACUUUUUCUUAGAGUGGAGCAUCGAGCCACUAUGCAUGCCAAAGAGCUAUUAGAGCAACUACAGUUCUUUCACAUAGUUGCAUCCCUUUCUUUUGUUCAAUGAUUAGAGACUCAGAAAAAAAGGUCACUUGAAGAUAGUUAGACGACAAAGACUUAUUGUUUUUUCUUCGUGUGUUGUGUUACUGCAUAGGAGAAGUCAGAAAGAAUGCACAAAAGAAAGAGAAAAGAGAGGUUGACCACUUCCAACCUAUUGUUUUUUCUCCCUCUUUUGCGUGUUGUUUGUGUGUCAUAUUGCUGACUCUAGUUACUUGCUACACAUCAUGUGCUUUCUGACUUGUGUUCCCUUGGAUCUGAACUAAUUUUGCUCUCUACAUAGCAUACAUAUUAUAGUGUCCAUAUCUUGAGAGUUGUAUGAAUGGAACUUGCACCUAACAAGCUGAGCUGUUGGAUAGGCCAUUUGAUUUAGUCACAACUUCCUCUUUCUUUCU